UCCUCCGUCACCUAAUCCAAAGCAGAUCGAUCUAACGUUGCUGGACAAAAAUGCUUCACCCGUCGGCUCGUAUUUGAAGGUGGAAAUUUCUUGCACCGUACCUGCAGCGAUGCAAACAACAGGUCCAACCCAGCUCGUUGCUAUUAGCAAUACUUGCGAUGGGACUCUCAGCGCAGCGGCUGGUUCUGCUGCGACUGCUGAAGGGACCGCGUCGAUGCAACAACAAAACGAAGCGUAUCCAAACGUAUUUGGGAACGGGAUGGUAUCUGCUGCCAGACGCCAAUUGCCUGACAAGGAAACUAAAUUCCAGGUUCGGGUGAAAGUCAUCGAAGCUCGCCAAUUGAAUGCAGGCUCUGCAGCGUCAGUGAAUCCUGUUGUCCAACUCAAGUUGUUAAACCAAGUUGAAACCACUUCUGUCUCCAAAGCCACCCUCAAUCCAUGGUUCGACGAGGAAUUUUAUUUCUAUCCCUCGAAGAGGCCGAUGGAGCUUUUUCAGGAAAAUAUAAUUUUCGAGGUUUCAAACGCGAAGAAAUUUAGGUCGGACUCGAUAAUUGGUUGCUUUUUGAUGGAUCUUGGGACGAUUUACGAUCAACCACAGCACACUUAUCUCCAUCGAUGGCUACUUUUGUCGAAUCCUACCGACGAAAGAAAUACUUCGGGUUAUUUGAAGAUAUGCGUGGCUGUUCUCGGGCCGGGUGACGAGGCCCCCAGCUUCGAUUCGUCGAUUUCGAGCACAGACGAGGACUUGGAAACGAAUGUUUUGUACCCUUCGGGAAUUGCCCUCGCACCUGCUUCAUUUGCAAUUUCAAUUUACCGUGCCGAAGACCUUCCGAGAAUGGACAGUGGGGCGGUUCAAACCUUCAAGAAAAUUUUCAGCAUCGGCGAGGCUAAGCCAAAGAAGGAGCAAGUGGAUCCAUACGUUGUGGCAAAAUUUGCCGGAAAGAAAUCUCGAUCGAAAACUGUUUACGGAAACGACAACCCAGUUUUCAACGAGACUUUGCAUGUUGGAUUUCUGUUUCCGUCGGUAUCUGACAAAGUGAAACUCAUUUUAAGAGACUGGGAUCGAUCGUCCGACGAUGACACGAUUGCGACAACUUUUCUCUCCAUCCCAAAUAUUUCAGCCGCUGGCGACGAAGCUGACAGGAUAUUUGCCGGUGUUUGGACCAGCCUUCGUAAAUUUCUAUGGAACCACCAGGAAGUUUUCAGCGCUGCAAUCGGCUUACGAUGAGAAACAGAAUGAAGGAAUUGUUGAAGGCUGUUCUUAUCGAGGAAGAGCCUUGGUAUCUUUGACAACUCAAAUAGGGGAAUAUCCGAAAGUGUCGAUUUCGGCGAUCGACAGCGAUGAGAUAUUGAAAGUUGACAAAUUCCUCAGACGACGACGUUUCGUUAUUCAUGUGUCCUUCAUGAAUGCCAGCAUGAUCAGCGAAUAUGAAAACCCGGUUGAAUUUGAAGUUUCCAUGGGAAAUUUCGGGAAUAAAUUCGAAGAUUCUGUGAUGCCAUCGCCGUCGACAACGCAACCAACAAAUCCCGUUUUCGACGGAUCAGGAUACUAUUUUUUGCCUUGGAACGAGUCUAAACCGGAAGUCGCCGUCACGUGUCAAUGGGAAGACAUCGGUUUCAGAAUCAAGUCUCUAAAUAAGUUGCUGAAUAUGAGCCGGCGUUUGAAAAACGGAAUUCGGCAACUUGAAGAUGCUUUGAAAGCCGGGAAAACGACUCAAGAUCUUGCUGUUCAAUUCUUGGCCGUCAUCGACAGGCUUCUGGCUGAUUGCGAAAAUGAUUUGCCCGAACCCGAAGUCGGUGUUCAUGUACCCAAUCCAUUGGAUGGGCUGAUGAAAAACAGGAGAAAAGCAGAGCUGAAGAGACUCAGUAAGCAAGCAUUCGAACUUCGUACCCAUGCGACUGAUAUCAACGAGGUUAUCAAGGAGCUGGAAAAUUACUCUGCAACGUUGGAUUCCAUCGCGAUUGAGCCACAAAAUAGUCUCCCAGACGUUAUCAUAUGGAUGCUGUCUGGUGAUAAAAGGAUCGCUUAUCACCGUGUUGCUGCUCAUGAUAUUUUUUAUGCUGCUGACGAAGAGCACAGUGGUGCUUUUUGCGCAAAAACCAUGGCUUUUGAGCUGAAAUACCCGGAAGGUGAUGAUUCGAAUAUGAGGACGGAGAUACCAGGAUUGUUGCGAGUAAAGAUGUGGUUCGGAUUGCAAGCGGAUGAAGCUCAUUGGUUUGAACAAAAUCCAAACACAGAAGUCUCGGUUUUCGCGGAGACGUAUGAAAAUCAGAAUUUAGUUCUCACGGAUCUUCGCAAUCAGAUGAAACUGAAAUCGUGGGGCACCAAAGGACUUCUACGGCCAAACUGGAGCGACGUCAGCGGAAUGUACUCGUUGCCCAAAGGGUUUUUCGAAGAGCCCGAAAACUGGAAAUUCAGCGGAGAUUGGUUCGUGAACCCGGAACCCAGCAUGGGAUACGAUAUGGAUGCAGGACACCGGAAGUUCCUCGAGGACGUUUUCGAAAAUGAAAACCGGAUUCCAGGUGGCAAAUGGGUCAAACCCUUGACGGCAUGGACGGACGUACGCGGAGACCCGAAAGCUCCCCGAGACGACAUCCAAUGUCCUUCCGGUUGGAUCUGGUCUGAAGAUGAUUGGGAGGUCGAUAGAAAUCGUGGUGUCGACGAGGAUGGCUGGGAAUACGCCGUCGAACCGAGCUUGGGCGGUUACAGCAGCGUUGAAAAAGUCUACCACGUUUUCCGCCGUCGACGUUGGGUUCGUCAGCGAGUCGUCGAUCCCAACUCCAAGGCUGAAUCUCGAGGCCCAACGAUCAACGAAGAAGGCUGGGAAUACGCCCCACUGUUCAACCUCAGAUUUCAUGGACACGAACGAAAAAUCGAUGUCGUAAGACGCCGACGUUGGCACCGGAAACUCGUCGCUGAAGACCCUACUGCAAAGCCACCCCAUUUCAACGUACUAGAUGAAGGUGGCUCAGAUGGAAUUCAAGCUUUGGCGAUCCCGAGAAUGUUCCUGACCUUCAAGGAAUCCCACACCUAUCAAUUGCGUGCUUAUAUGUACCAAGCCAGGGAUUUGCUGGCAGGAGAUCGAAGCGGGUUUUCUGAUCCAUACGCGUCGGUGUGCUUUUUGAACCAGUCACAGAGGACAGAGAAAAUAUCUUCUACCUUGAGUCCGACGUGGGAUCAAACAUUGAUUUUUGAUGAAAUUCCUAUCGUUGGGUCCACCGAACAUAUUUUUCAACAACCACCUGUUGUCGUCGUCGAACUUUUUGACAACGAUGAAUAUGGAAAACCCGAGUUCCUGGGAAGAGCAAAAAUUACACCCACGGUGGACUUGAAUCCGGAAGGUGGAAAAGCCCCUAAACUCGCAUGGCACACGAUCACGCGUUUUUCGGACGAAAAUGGAGGCGAAUUGCUGGCGGCGUUUCACCUGAUGCUAAAAGAUGACCAGGAUUUGCCAUUUUUCCCUCCUCAACGCGGCAGUUUAUUUAUAGUCCCGAAUGGCAUUCGUCCUGUACUGCAGAGAACAGCUGUGGAGGUAUUAUGCUGGGGCUUGCGGAAUAUGGACACCUACGACCUCAUGCCAGUGAAAUCGCCGUCCAUUGAAUUCGAGAUUGGUGACACUGUUGUGACAUCUACUGUAAUCCCAAAUCUUCUCAAGUCACCAAAUUUCCCGGAACCAGCCCUCAUCUUUGAUAUUAUGCUGCCGAGGGAAGACUUGUACAUGCCACCCCUGAACAUCAAAGUCCGGGACCAUCGUUCGUUUGGCAGCAAGCCGAUCGUGGGCAGAACAAUUUUGAAGUCUUUGGAAGGAUUUCGCGUAGAACCAAGGAGCUUCUCAGGCGACGAAGAUCUGAUGGUUGUGCCCUCUGUUAAUAAUGGCGGUAAUUUGGCGCUAAUGGACUUUGAAACCUCAAUGAUCGAUGGAACUGACUCGACACGGUCGACGGCAAAAUUACUUUCUGGAGAUACCAGCACGAUAAUCACGAUCGAACCGUCAUUAGAAGAACUCGCUAAAGUAAAGUCGAAAGCUUCUAAACGAAAUUUUUGCCGGAAUAUAAACCUUCAUGCUUCGCAGGAAAAAGAAAUCCAUGUGGCUGUGGACUGGUGGUCGAAAUAUUACGCGUCAGUGGGAGAGAAGAAAAUGAGCGGGAAAUAUACGGAACAAGGCUACGAAAAACUCGACUUUUUCUCUUCCGAGCUGGAAGAAGUUCCUCGAUACAAGAAGUUUGAAGAUUUCUUGUCAUCGAUCCAACUGCGAAAGUGCAAGCCAAAAAAUCCUAAGGCGCUCGGAAAAGUAGUUGGGGAAUUUAAGGGUACUUUCAAAGUGUAUCCCUUACCCGGUGAUCGCAAUGAAGCUUUACCCCCAAAAUAUCUUGAAGCGCUUCCGUCAUCCAAUGUUGAAGAAGCGAUCGUGCGCGUUUAUAUUGUUCGAGCCAGAGACUUGGUCCCAAUGGAUCCCACGACUCGUCUUGCUGACCCAUACGUAACCGUGAUGUGCGGGAAAAAGAAACAUUCUUCCAAGAAGGAAUAUCGGCCAAAUACGCUGAAUCCCAUUUUUGGCCAGUGCUUCGUUGACGCCAUCGUGUCCAAAACUUUCAGUAUGUUCGAGCUUACCGCUGAAAUACCGACGAAGAAGGAUUUGGUUAUACAGGUGUGGGACCACGACGCCAUCGGCUCUGACGAUCUGAUAGGCGAAACCACGAUUGACCUGGAAAAUCGCUGCCUCACGAAAUAUCGAGCCACCUGUGGGCUUCCGAAGCUUUAUCACAUAUCUGGUCCUAACCAAUGGCGAGACUCCAACAAGCCCAGGGAAAUUCUUGAACGUAUGGCGAUGAUGUGGCACUACGGAAAGCCGAUUUGGAAGGGCGCUCGUUCCGUUACAGUGGGCAACAAAAGCUACUCUUUGGAUGAUUUUGAGCCAGUUGGCGCAAAGCUCCCGCCGUCAGUCGGUUCCGAAGCAGAACGGCUUGCACUGUACGUCCUUCACUCUGGGCUCAAUUUGGUCGGCGAACAUGUUGAAACUAGAUCACUUCAUCGAUCAAAUUUGCCGGGUUUGGAGCAAGGAAAACUCGAGUUAUUCGUGGAUAUUUUCCCAAAGUCCAUGGGGUCACCGGGUCCGUCCCUCAGCAUCGAACCGAGGAUACCCACGAAAUACAUUUUACGUGCCGUUAUCUGGAACACGAAGGAUGUCGUCAUGCAAGAGACAAGUGUUGUGACUGGAGAAUCCAUGUCAGACAUUUUCGUCAAAGCCUUUUUGCAGGGGCGCAUUCAGGAAUCACAGAAAACUGACAUCCAUUACAGGAGCAUGGACGGGGAAGGCCAGUUCAAUUGGAGGAUGGUAUUUUCCUUCGAUUAUCUCGAAGCAGAGCAGGUAAUUGUGCAUAAGGAAAGCAAGGGAUUAUGGAAAGACAGCAGAGAGCUGAAGGUUCCUCCUCGUCUGGUCUUGCAAAUCUGGGAUGACGACAAAUUUUCCAGGGAUGACCAACUCGGUGAGAUUAUUCUGGACCUGAAUAUGCUCAUUCCUCCGGCGAAAAGUCAGGCGAAGUGUGGUCUGGAACAGCUGCCUGGUGUGAAUUCAUCCAUUGAUGAUGCAGAAAACGGAGAUACGACUGCAGUUAGCAAGUUCAUAAAUCUUUUCCAAGCCAAACGUUUGUCGGGGUUCUGGCCAGUGACCUACAAGAAUAAAGACGGUGUCACUGAAGUGACCGGAAAACUGGAAAUGGAACUCGAGAUUUUAACGGAGGUCGAAUCGUCGGAAAGACCAGCUGGUCUCGGUCGACACGAACCGAACGUCAAUCCAAAGCUGGAGCCUCCGAAGUAUGCGUCCAGACACGUCCUUCUUUUGGCUUACUUCGCCAUGGAAAUCUUUCAAGCAUAUUGUCUGGAGGCACAACAAAUGGGCGAUCAUUACCUUUUUCGUUCUCGCCAUUCUCGUUAUUUUCGCCAUAUUAUUCAUUUACAACUUCCCGGAAGCUUUGGUCCACCGACUCGUCUAGAUGAGUCGGAAGAAGCGACAGCCAACAAAUUUUUGUCGUUGUUGCUGGAUGUAAUGAAAGACGGCACACUUUAUUUUUCUCGAAUGCCGUCGAAAGUCAUAACUUGAAAAGUUCGCGAUUUUAAUCAUGCUUGCAUCGCGGCUGCUUUUGUUUUUCGUCGAAAUUUCAUUGACUCGCGGAGAUUUCAUGCGCUCGAAGUAUAACGAAGAUUUGAUCAAUAAAACCCUUUUUUUUCUGUA